AUGUCCAUCUGGAGAUCAGUUGCUGGUGUGCUAUCACCGCUUACUUCCGACACCUACAUGAACACCGCGGAUAGUAUCUUCGUGAUUAUCGUUACCAUUCUCACCCUAAUUGGAUUUUGCCUAAAUUUCCUCUUACUGUACCUAAUCAUCUGGAAAAGCCCACGCAGUCUAACCCCAUAUCGUAUUUUUCUGGCGAACACCACAAUAACCCAAUUGUUAUUCGCUGUUUUUGCAGUUACCAGUCAGCCAAGAGUUCUAUCAAAACAUCAGUACACAAUUGUGAUUUAUCUCGGUCCCGUGCAGUACUUUGGCUCCUGGUUUAGCUAUAUGUCCUACGUGGGAAUUCUUCACCUAUCCCUAAACUCUUUCAUCUCAUUGAUGCUCUCCAUGGUCUACCGAUACUAUUCAAUCAGAUUCCAUAAAUUCACAGCAAGCACUUCUAUAAUACUCUGCGUAUUAGGAUACAGUAUCCCUUUUCUGAUCUAUGCAUCUUGCUCAAAUGUGCUUGUGGACCAAUCGGUAGCAGUUAACAAUGAAAUUCUGGAAGGAUCUGUGAGGAAUUUGGAGAAUUAUAAUGUGGUGCUCUCAACGAAUAUUACUAACCAGUACCCACUUAUCAUUCUCGUGUUGGCCGUGACCAUUGGCUUGAUACCAAUCUAUUUUGUUAUGUAUUGGUGCCGACAUCAGAUUCAUAAAACUUUGAAGCAGACAAGAUCAGUUCAUAGUCCAUCCACAAGGGAUAAUGCAAGAAGAUUAGUUCAUGCUCUGACCAUCCAAUCCAUUAUUCCCCUGGUCUCCGUGUUCCCUGCAUCAUCAUUCUGGUGUCUUGCUCAACUGGGAAUCGUGGAGCCUACGGCCUACAGCUAUUUUAUAAUUCCAUGUCUUUCAUUGGGAUGCAUAGCUGAUCCUUUGGUCACUAUCCGAUGUGUGCUUCCAUAUAGAAAAUGGGUUUUGAAGAUGUGUCAUCGAACCACCUCGGAUACGACAUCAUCGAAUCAGGAGAAAACAACGAUUUUUUUGAAACAUUGA